AUGGCUGACUCUCGACGUGAAACCGAUUCCCACGAGCCUAAUGUGGUGAGUGAAGCUCUAGCUCAUGUAAAGACAGAGCCAGAGACGGAGAUCCCUGGGACUGAGCAGGCUGAGGUCUACAUCAAGACCGAGCCUCUCUCCGACGCGGGUUCUGACCGGGCUUCAGAAACGCAAGGGUGGCUGGAUCGACCCAUCUUUGAUGGGUUGCGGCUGCUCUUGUCGAAAGAAGCAUCCGAUGCUGAGAAGACUGCCGCGGGUCGAGCCGUCAAGAAGCGGGUCGACAACUGCAACAAAAUGUGGAGUAAGGCCGGGAAGCCUGCUUGUUGGUGUGACGGGCCGCAUCCUGCGGAGAUGUGUCUCCCGGGCCAAGAGUUCGAGGAGUAUAGACACCUCAGGGGCGUGGGUGAUCGUCUCUGGAAGGCAUCUCAGGCAGCAAAAAGGGCUGCGGAACCGGCUGAAGGUGCUGCUGAACCGCGAAGAGGAAGUCCAGUGCCAUCCACUCAGGGUGGCACUGAAGUCUCCGACGCUGGAACCGCUCGGUCCAGUGGAAAGAGAUCCCGCUGCAAUCAUUGCGGCAAAUGGCACGCUGGAGGCACGAAUUCGUGCAGGAGUCGUGCACCCAGUGAAGGACCUCGCGGUGCUAAUCCGAGGAAUGUCACUGAAGACUUCCCACGCUUAGAGAAUCGCGCGCGCGAAACAUCGAGGCUGCGGGAAGGCCAGUCCGUGCUAGGAGCAAGGACUGAAGACGUCGAAUUCGGCGCGAGGGGACUUGAUGCUCUACUCGGCGCCAUGGAACGGGCGGGCCCUAAUAACCACAGGGCUCAGGACGGAUUCCUUCGUAUCAUUGAGCACCUGGGUGGGGGCGGCAAGAGGCCGGCUGAGGACGACGAGGACGAUGCUCCUGGUUCCUCCAAGAGGUCGAAGAGGGGUGGCGACCCUAGGCGUGGCCGAAAGUAG